AAAUUUGACAUUUCCAUAAUAAUAAUAUAUUCUAAAAUUAAUAUAAAUUGAAUUUCAGUUGGCCAUCACUAGCCAACUGGUAAAAUUCCAUGGAAAAUUCCAUACAAUCAAUUUGACACUAGAAGAAAUGCACAUAUAGAUGCAUAACAAUGACGUCAAAAACCACUAAUGAUAUCGUACUUAUCAUUUUUUUUGUUAUUUCCAUCAUUUGAGGUGUGGUGCAACAUUGAAAACAUUUUGUCCUGAACAAUUAAUUAAACAACUAACAAUUGAAACAAGCAUUGAAAAGUUGACGCCCGUUAUUAAAAUAAAAUUAUACCAUAUCUAUGGCAACUCAGUGGUUUUUAUUGAAGGAUGAAACAAAAAAAAACUAAUGCGAAUAUUCAUAUGUGAACGUUGUAUGGAUUUAUACAGGCACAAACACAAAAGUGUGAAAAACUGGUGACAAGCCCAGUAGAAAUACCAAUUUUAUUAUGAUCUCUUUCGUGCCAAGACAUCAGUUAUCUAUUGAAUCGCUUAAAAUUGCGGUGGGACAUGGGUGCGAAUAAUCGCGAACCCCACCUCGCGUAAAUACGUCACGUUUUCCGUCUUUGUUACGCAACAAUGCCUUGCAAGGGUGCGUGCCACUUCGUGCGUUAUGUGCAAAUAAAUGACGCAAAUAGACUUAUUCAACUUUGAGUCAUGUACAAAAGAUGUUGACAUGGCUACAUAUUUCAAAGGUCAAAUAAAAUUUUAAUUUCACAACCCCGGAAAUAUAUACCUGGAAGUAGUAAAAAAUUCGUCAGUUAAGUUUGGGGUGUAUCAUAGGUAGGUAGUAUUGGUUGGUAUGAUAAAAUUAAAAAUUAGUUGUUGAUCAGAUCGAAUUUUGGUCAUACUGAGAGAUCAUGUUAUGUAAAGUAAAGCUACAAUAUUGUCCCAUUUAGUGGCAGAUUUGAUAAAAUGAAUAAAAAAUAAGGGUAAUUUUACAGCAACAAUUAGAAAUACCUGAAACGAUAAAAAGAUUAGGGAAAUUUUGCAGCUUUCUACUACGGAAAAUUUUUUUAAACAGCAAAACUACAAUUCAGGCGUGCAAACGUAUUGUAACUUAAAUCAUGAUGCUUUUUAGUUCAAUGGUAGUUAAGGGUUUUUGAAAGCUUCUGUCUAUGGACGGUAUUAAAUAUAUUCACAAUGUGAAGUUCAAUUAACUUUUACGCGUAGGGUUCGACAAAACAAGGUUAAGGAUAUCAAUUUUUUACAUUACUAUAGAAAAGAUUAAAAUAUUUAUUUAUUAUCUAAUUUUAUUUUCAGAAAACAAUUUUAUUAUUUUAAAAUAAGCGUUAUAAAAUUAUAUUUCAUUUCUACUAAUUUUGUUCUUUUUAGAUUUUACGCUUUUACAAUAAGUCUUUCACGAAAAGGUAAACAUGAGGUUGACCGUGAUAUUACUGAUACUUGUCGUCGUGCUGGUGGCAGUAGCACACGGAAAAGGCACAAAGAAAAGCCCGAAAUCGCAUAAAACUCCUAAAUCGGAUAAAUCUCCAAAAUCGGAGAAAACUGGAAGCAAAAAGACUCCAAAAUCUCCAAAAUCAAAGAAAACUGGAUCAACAAAGACUUCAAAAUCUGAAAAAUCUCCAAAGAGUCCAAAAUCUCCUGGUUCAAAGUCUACAAAAACAAGUUCACCAAAAUCACCAAAGUCUCCCAAAACAGGUUCUCCAAAAUCUCCGGAUUCACCCAAGACUCCAAUGACACCAGUUCAAACUGAUUGCUCAAGCAUUGAUGAAUCAACCUGCAUGGGUGCGAAGUCGUGGUUAUGCCAGUAUAGAAAAUACAGAGAACAAAUUGUCGAUUGGACUGAAGGAUUGUCAGAAUGGUGGUCCAAUUGCGCAGAAUUUGGCACCAUGGAUUUUCAAGAAAUGUGGGAUGAGUUCAAGUGCAUUGAUACAACGAAAGUCAAAUGCAGAAAUGGAGAAGAGACAAGAAUUUGUAUUGAAGAAGUUCCAGGGUGCAGAGUAUGCAGAUGUAUGGGUGACGAGUACUCAAAGCCGAUGGAUGUCUACAAAUUAUGGAGAAUGGACGCCGCAAUGCACAAGAUACGUUCCAAAAUAUACAUGAAGAAGAUUGAAAGAUGUACUACAGGGGGCGGUUGGUCUGAUUGCUUCGACUCAAAUGAUGAUAAUGACGACGACAACGACAAUCAACAAGGAGUCGAUAUUGGUGAGAUUGUUGUAGACAUUGUUGAAGAAGUAAAAGAUGGAGAUUCGUCUGUGGAAGUUGAUCAAGGAGGAAUCGAUAUCGGUGGCAUUGUUGAAGAUAUUGCUGAUGAAGUAGAUGUAGAUUUACCGUCUGUGAAUGUUGAAAUUGAGAUUAAAGGUGACGAAAAUGCAGAAGAUGAAGACGAAAUUGAUACAUAAAAGCAUUACUUGAUGCAUUUUUAAAAAUAGUUGUAGCUUUGUUAUCUGUUGCUCUGUAGUAGUUUUAUCAACCGCCUAAAAGUUUAUUGCUUCUGAUUAAUAUUAGUACAGUAUAGCAAAAAUUAAUUCUAACAAGGUUCCGAAGAAAUACAAAAUAAUAAAUCAUCUAAUAAGUUAUAUUACUUAAAAAAUAUAUCAGCUUCAAUUUUUAAAAAUAGCUUCUUGAAUUUUGUUCUUACUAAUUUGAAUAUUAUUUGCUUCAUAGCAAUAUUCAGUAGGGGCGCUCUAGAAGUGCUUGUCCCAAUAUGGAGGAAACUAGUUUUGUUCGCCCACUUUACAUCAAGUUGUGUAAGGGGACUAAAACCUAUAAGCAUGGGUUAUAACCACUUUGCUAACGCAGACAGUCCCCGAACUAGUAAUAGAAUUAAAAUAAAGAAAAUCGGAAUGAAAUUAUUGCCUAACCCUAACCUGGUACACACACUAUGGGAGUACCCCAGUAGGAAACAUUUUAUACACUUUCACAUAUAAGUUUUAUAUAAUCAAACGUAAAGUUUUUCGAUUCUUUACUUACUAAUUCUGAAAAAAAAAAAAGAUUAAUAAUAUGGACCAUGUGUUUAUUAUCGCAAUGCUCAUGCAAAAGCACGGUAGAAUGAAAUUGAUAUAUGUAGUAGCCAAAUUUAUUUACUCUCUUCGCUGCUGAUUUUGUACUAUCAUCUACGAGAUUAAAUUGAACAUUUAGUCAAACAUAAGAUUUCAAUAUUUUUGUUAUGGUAAUAUGAAAUCAUUAAAUUGUUAAAACAAGCAAAUUUGCUGAAAAUACAGAAUACCUAUUCGACUGAAAUACUGUUAUUGAAAUUAGCCCAAAACCAAGUGAUG